UCUAUUUUAAUAAGGCGUAAGCGUAGUUGAUUAUUUCGACUUACUCCGUCACAUUCUGUCACAACCAACAAGAAUGCAAUUUUCUGCCAUUUUGUUGGUCUUUGCUGCGGUAGCAACCAUCCAGGUCGCAGCACAAGACCGCUGCAAGAGAUCCAUCCAGUAUUGCAAAAGCUUCGACCCAGAUACCGGCGAAAGUACCAACGUUGAAUAUGAUCACUGCAUACAAUACUGCUGUGGUGGAACAGUCUACAAUAGAGACCUGAACAUGGUUUGCUGUGGAAACAAAGUAGUAGGAGUCCCACAAAAUACAUCAACACAAGUGUGCUGUGGCUACAACAACCAAUUUGUGGUGCAUGACAAAACGGGUGGUGACCUCUGCUGCGGUUUAGCAGUUUUUAACAACACAAAUAGUGACUUGGCGUGCUGCAACCCGAAUGACGAAACCGUGAUUAAUAUUUUUACUGAGAUGUGCUGUAAUGGAGUGGUUUCUUUCGCAGGAGACACCGCUUAUACGGCUUGCUGUGGCGACGUUGCCUAUGAUCGUCGCGUCGCUUCAUGCCCAUGCCAAAAUGGUGUAGUAUCUGGUAUUCCGGAGGUAUACGCUGAUUGCUGCUAUUCCGCCGACCACACUGUUCAAACUCCGUAUAACAAAGUAAACGAAUCGUGUUGCGAUGGGGUCAAUUACGUCACCGCCUCUCAGUUUUGCUGUGGCAACGAAAUUGGCGAGUCCGCUACCCAGGCCUGUUGUGGAGACGUAAUUACCGACGCUGUUGGUAGUGUCAGCACUGGAGGCCUCGCAUGCUGUGUCGCUUCAGAUGGAUCCGUGGCAGCGUACUCACCUGAUAGCCAACUUUGCUGCGGAGGUGUUGUCUCUGACAGCUCACCCGAGCUUUACUUCUGCUGUGAGGACGAAGUAUUCCCUAAAGAUCAAGGUGAUGCUUGUUGCGGUGGUGUCGUGUACAACAGUUCGUUGGCCAUCUGCUGUGGAACAACUGUUACAACAGGCAAUGAAUGCUGUGGUGAAGAGGGCGUCAACGAUGGCGAAGUCUGUUGCAAUGACAUCGUUUCUGUUGGAGACAUGUGCUGUGGAGAUGUUGGCUACGUCAGCGAAGGAAAUGUCUGCUGUGGUGAUAACGUACAGAUCGGAAACGCUUGUUGUGGCGAUAUAGGUUUCGACAGCAAUGGUUUUGUUUGUUGCAAUGGCUCAAUUUCUGUGGGAGACGCUUGCUGUGGUAAUGUCGGAUUCGUAAGCGAUGGAUUGGUCUGUUGCAAUGAUAUCGUUGUGCCUGGGAAUUUCUGCUGCGGUGUUAUCGCUUAUUCCGGAGUUGGAGAAGUUUGCUGUUAUGAUGUCAUUUAUGCCGGCGAUAUGUGCUGUAACGAUACCGGUUACUUCCAAGCCGAUGAUAUUUGUUGUGGGGGAGUUGUCGGGGGAAACGGCAUGAGGAACCCGUCUUGCUGCGUUGACGAAAUUUAUGAUUCUUACCUCAGAACUUGCUGCGGAGCCACCGUAUUUGAAAACCCUAUUUUAUCAAACGGAAACGUCUCUCACCACACCAGAUGCUGCGGCGACUUUUCCAACGAUGUCACUCUCAUUCCUUACGAUUAUGACACAAACGCAUGUUGCGAGGGAGAAAUUGUUCCAUUGGGUGAUGUCCCUGCUGAGGUGGCCGGGUGCUGCGCAAAUCAAGUUAUGAACGUCAUGACCCACCUGUGUUGUGGCGGGACCGUGCUAAGUUUGACAUCUGUGGACGAGUCUUGCUGUAAUGACGUGGUUAUGAAUAACGAUCAAUCGCUUUGCUGUGAAGGAGAAGUCUCAGACAAACCUGCGGAUGAUGCAUUCUGUUGCGGUCCGGUUGCCAUCAGCAAUUCUUCGCAGUUAUGUUGCGAAAAUGCACCAACAACUAAACCAAGCGAAAAUGCUGUAUGUUGUGGCGCUGUUGGAAUGAACCCAAGCACAGACAUUUGCUGUGACGGAGUCGUUACCCCACUCGGUUCUAUUGAAGCAGGAGCCGCUAUGUGCUGCGAUGGGGUGGCUGCCGCUAAACCAUCGGACGACUAUGUUUGCUGCGGAGCUAAUUCCAUGGACAGUAAAACGUCUCUAUGCUGCGGAGGAACUCCACAAUUUAUAUUGGGCGUCCCACUUGCCGACCUUCUUUGCUGUGAAGGCACUAUACAGCAAAAGAACGGAACUGCUUCAACUUGUUGCGGUGCCGUAGCAUUGAACCCUGAGACACAAAUCUGUUGCAACGAUGUCGUCUACCAAUUGGCUGGUGUUCCUGCUGCAAAUGCCUUUUGCUGCGGUGCCGGGUUUAUCGAUUCCACCGUAUACUGGUGUUGUGAUGACCAACCAUAUGAGCGUGCUGCCUACCCAUAUCCACCCCCAGGGGCAUAUUGUAGCGUCUAAACCUCCCUUGGUUCCCGCUUUGUUGUCCACGCUUACGGUUAAAUUUCGGAAUAGUUUGUAACAAUACAAUCGCAUGCUUACAAAUUAAACUUUUUGCCUGGCGUCAAAUCCUGACAUCUAUAGGUUUAACUACUGUUUACCUGUUACAAGAUGGACUACAAUAUAUUGCGCAUGGUGA